AUGACGGUGUAUAAUGAAGUGACAUUUGCUGCCACCAACCAAAUCCCCGAGGAAGGUGUUAACCUGGAAAAUAUUGCUAAAGAAGCACUACGAUGGCAGGCAGUCCAACGCUGCCAAAAGGGGGAUUAUGAGGCUUGUCCGCAACUGGCUGUGGCAAAGAUUUCAGCACUGACCAAUAGUGCUGCAGCUGGUGAUUCUGCUGAAGAGGUGGAGGGGGCUGAGGUGGAAGAGGGGUCAGAGCUGGAGUCAGCCUCUCCAGAGGAAUCUAGUGAAUUACUGAGUUUACUAGUCCCUUCCAGUACUCUAGCGUGGGAGCAGCAGACUUUUUCCAUCUCAGAAUCCCAAAAUUUUAAUACUACCGAACCAUCUGAUCUUGAAGAUGAAGGAUCAAUCUCUUCUUGCUCUGAGGACACCAUUCAGAGUAUUCACGAGGAGGAAUCCGACGAGGAAUCAGAUGAGUCUUCAGCUGUUAGUGAAAUUGAUGAAGAAUUAAUUAAUCUAAAAAAAAGAUUGGCUAAUAAAUAUAAACAACCUGGCGCAGAAGAUCCUCCUGCAUUUCCAGUCAAUCCUUUAAAAAGGCAUCGAUCACCAGAAAGAUCUGAAGAGGAACCAGCAGAGAACAGAAUCGGUCAUACUCACUGGUGUAUAUGUGAAAAUUGUAGACCUAUGCCGACACAUGUGGAGUCCGAAUGUUGUGGAAACUUGGAGGACGUGAAGCCUUUAUUAGAAGAAGGACUGACAUGUGUUACACAUAGUGACGAAUUUAUAGAGCGUUGUCUCAAUAAACGAAUCUUAAUGUACCAAAUGUCCGAGCACUCCGAAUCCUCGAAGAGAGAAUAUACAAGGGAUGCAAACAGAUGCCUUCAAAGAGGGGCCUACCGUAUUUAUACACGGAUGAUUCACGGUUUUCUUGGAAAAUGUAGAAGGAUUCCAAUCCCAUCAUGUGUUGUAUGGGCCAUUCGAGAUGCCUAUCCUGAUUUUGAAAACCAAUACACAGGGUUCAAGUGGUCUUCUGACUACAAUGCCUCAGACAUGGCAUUUGAAUAA